AUGAGCGAUAAUCUAUAAGUCUGCAGAGCAUGAAACUUUAGCUUGUUUUUAUUUGAAAUUUCAGCCUACUUAAAGGUGACUACAUUCAAGUGUUAAAACCAUUUAAUAUAUUUAGCGAACCUUUUGCCAUUACAAUUCUUUAAAUGAUUUUCUAGCUUUGAUCGUACAUUUUAACAGCCAAAUACUUCAUUUUUUCCUUCUUUCCUUUGGCAAGUUAUCACACGGCCUCAACUUUUGAAUCAUCUUGAAUUAGGAACAUACAAAAUAUUAACGAAAUAGAGUACGUCAUUGUCUUUACUUCAUUGAGCAUAUUUAAUAUACAAAAUAUAUCUUGUAAAAUAUUACAUGCCUUGCUCUUCAUUAUAUCAACAGAGAAAAUUAUUUUUUCUUUUUGCUUUAAUAGAAACUUUAAGUAAUGAGUGGCAAUUAUCCAUCUGAUCAUUUCUACUGCCAUUCUUAUCCAUCAAACCAAAAGAGAGAAAUCUUUGCCGGCUUUGGUACAUUCGGAGAAGGGAGAAUAGAAGAAACGAACGACGGUUUAAAAAUAAUAUCUCAGUUUGGGAGAAAAACGUCGAAUGAUACACGUCUGUGCGCAACAAGCCCUUCUCUACCAGUGUUUCAAGAGGCAACAGAUUGUGCUUACCCACCAGAAGAUAUCAUUUAUGAUUCUGUAAGGACAAGGAAUACUCCUUCACUUCGCCUUCUUCGAACAAUGCUAUAUAUUAAACAAGAAUGUGAUAAUAAUAUUCCUAACAAAUUUCCAAGUUAUCUUGGAUUAUCAGAAAAGGAAAUUAUAGCUUUGAGGAAAAAGAGAUUUGUUCCCAGGUGGUUUGCUCAAUUUGAAAAAAUCGUAGAAAAUUAUGAUUUUAAUGAACCAUUACAAUUUCCUGUUGUAAACAAUAAAUAUUCAAAUGGCUGCGUUUCCACAUAUCAAGAUAACUGUAAAAAAGCAUCAUUAGUUUUUGCUACCGGAAAGAAUCUGACAGAAUUGAAAUUUUGCAAACUAAGUCUUAAAAAUAGCUCGGUUAAAGUCAAGAGAGUUUAUAGAUUAAACAGCGAUCAAGAUGAAGACAAUGGCGAUGAUGUAAAUUCUCAAAAAUCAAUAUUGGAGACAACCAUUAACGAAGAAUUUUGCGGUGCAAGAUUUUCAAACAGUAUUGAAAUAUAUUCAUUAAAUUCAAAGCAAAGAAUUUUACGUAAACGUGUACGUAAAGGCUGCUCUUCUUUAAGUUUAAAUUCUACUCUAAGCGAUGAAUUUGCAUAUACUGAUCGAACUGGUGCUGUUAGAGUUGUGGAUAUCUCGACUGGAGGGAAGCAAUCUUUUGAAAAUUUAAACGGCGUUGAAGCUGAUGAAUGGUUUUCGUCUUAUUAUUCGGCUCAUCCGAAAAUUCUAGUUAGAGCUGACAAGACUAAUUUGAGUCUUUUUGAUACAAGGGAUUCAGAUUGUUCUACACUGUUCAAAGCAAAUCAUAGAACUCUAUUAAAGAAUGAUGAAUUUAGAGUUGUCAAGAAUUUAAAAUCUAAUACAUUCUUCCAUAUGAUUGGAACAAACAACCAAAUCAUUUGCGUUGAUGAACGUUAUACCAAAGAGCCAGUUUUAACUUUACAUCAUCUCUUUAAAGAGCCCCCUAUGUAUUUAUCUUCAAGUCUUACUCUCAAAGAUGGAAGUGACAUACUUUUAGCUGCUAACCAGUCAUUAUGCGACGUUUUUGCAUAUCAAUUAGACUGCAGACAUGGUCUAAGAGUAAUAGAUACACCUUGGAGAAUCUGUAAACCAGUAGAUUUUCUUAAUUUAUCGUCUAUUUUCGAGCUAAAUUCAUCAGUAAAUUUUGUGAAAGAACGGCUAAAUCUUUCUCUCGCUGGAGCUGAUUGUGUCGCCUUACCUAAUUCGGGAUUUUCAGCUUUCCAACUACCUUGCUCAGGGGAUUUGUUUUAUCAAACCUACCAUCCGAAGAUUGAUGAAGAUGAGAAAACAUUUUCCAUUCCCGAAUACGGAAAAGAACCAAGAGAGUUGGGUGGUGAAGAGUUGGAAGCUGCUUCCAAAUUUGUCGUUGAUGCCUCGAAAAAAUUUGAAGAAACCUCCGACAAAAAUAUUGCAAACGAAUGUUUAUCCAUUGACAUAUCUAGCGACAGAAAAAUGCUCAGGGAAAUGUUACCCCCGCAUUCUCACUGCCCUCUAUGUAAUCCGACUCAAAGCACUGAUAAUUAUAAAGGUGACGACGAGAUGUGUGAAGCCUGCGGAAAUUCAUUGAAAAUGAGCUAUUCUCUUAUAGAUAGUUUCUCAAAGAAUAUGAUACCACCUAAAACUAUAUCUGAAGACUAUCUGCAAACGGUCUUACCAAGUGCAAAUGUUUUCCAAUUUAAGGAUCCUCAUAGCCGAAUAAUAAGGCGCUUGUGGAGAAGUGAUGAUGAUAAUUUUCCAGAGUUACUUGAAGCUAGGGAAUUAUUUGAAGAUCAAACUCGAAAAAAAUUUAUGAGUAAAACAGAAUUAGAACUUUUCGAGGAAAUGGUGAGAAAGAUAGAGGAUGAAAAGAAGGAGGAAGACAAGACGGAAGAGAUAGAAUCUAGUGAUAGUCUUGAUAGUUUACCUUCCGAAUUCGAAAAGGAGAUUGUAGAAAUUGCUCGAGAGAAAAGAAAGAAACUAAGAAAACUAAAAAAGGUAAAAAAGAAAAAGCUGGAUGAAUCAAAUAUAAAAGAUGAAACAGUUCAUUUGACAAAAGAAGAGAUAGCAGAACCAGAGCCAAUCGUUUCUAAGCUCGAAGCCCCUAAACCAAAAAAGCAGAAGAAAAGGAAGCUAAAAAUGGGAUUUUAA